AUGUCUCCUGACGCGGAGUCAGUGUCUUCUUCUUCGUCUUCCAGCUCAGAUGAAUCCGGCGCUCCUCCACCUCCGCCUUCGUCUGUGGGUUCGUCGGGUGGCGCUUUGAGGGUGUCCUAUACUUCCAGAAAGUCUCGUCACUGCACCCUGUGCAAUGCCAAGUCCACUGACCAGUCACCUCUGGAUUAUUCGGAGGAUAUUUUUCCAGAAGUGCAGGGAAGAAUCCCGUGGAGAUCUUACGAGAAGGUCAAAAUGGAUGACGGAGAGCAAGUUCGUGUGCCCUCUGGAAAGCUUGGCUUGAUUUGCUUCAACGUCUACAGAGCCCUCGGUUUGCAGGCCACGUACAAGAAAGUUGAAGACUACUUCAACUGGGUCUCCGUGAGAAAAAAUCAGGUCGUGACCGAACAUAUUUUCGGCAAAGAAAUUCAGGGCUGCUGGAUCUUGAAAGGGAAGAAAGGUGAAUACGAUUUUGAAGAGUACCAAGACACCGCUCUGCAAGAAAAAGAGCAAUUGCACAAUUCAGCAGAUGCUCCCUUUUCUGAAGAAGCUUUGGGCCGCAAACGCAAAGCCAUGAUGGACGAGUUCGUGGAAAGCUCCACUACGAGAGACAAGGCCAGUGUGGAAGGCCAAGAAUUGCCCAUGCAAGGUUUGCUUGCAGCCAUCCAAAUGGGACAUGAUCCAUCUUCUGGUUCCACUGGUGAGGCGGUUUCCACCGUUUCCGCCUCCGGCGAGGUUCAAAGCCAUGAAGCAGAAGAGGAGUCCACCAGCGACUGCGCGUCAGAAGAGGAAGAGGCCCGCCCAAGCCUUUCGUUCGCCCCCCGACCGCCGAAGGCCAAAGCCCAUGGCAAGCCUGCGGCGAAGCCUCAGGCUAAAGGAAGCACGCAGCCGUCGAAAGCUCCAAGUUCUUCUGUCGUGCCUGUCCCUGCACCCAGUGCGCCAGCCGCCAAGAAGACCACCAAGACAGAGCCUGCUCCCAGCAAAGUUCCCAGCAAAGGCACAAAAGCUUUGCAACAAAGCGGCAGCGACCAAAGCUUAGAGAGCGCAGCGACGCUGCUUGCAGACGGUCGGGCCCAGAGGGCCUUGAAGAAUUUGCAGGAGAGUGUUGCCAAAUGGAAGUCCCAGCUGGCAGACAUUCGGGUCGACGAUGCGCCUCCUGCGCCUGAUGCCCAGGCUCAGACCAAAUUUAAGCAAGCGUGCAUAGACAGAGCCAAUGUUGCCAAGGCCUUGGCCCGGCAAGCCCGAGACUAUGGCAAGCGCAUGGACAAGAGUUCCAACAAGGACAAUUUCUUAGGGGAGCUCGAGGAACUGCAAAAGGUGGAGUUUGCUGCUGUGGCUGUCCAGGCCUUGUUUCAGAUAGCUGGUGCGCAGAAUUCAGCUCCAACUGCUGUUGUCAAAGCCUUUGAGGAUGCCAGCGAGCAUGUUGAUCUCUUAGGCUGCAACGCUCUCGGAGCAGGUUUCCAGCUCAAGUACGCUUUUGCAAAGGCGGGCUCGCAUUGUUUGUACCAGGAGUACGAAAAGUAUUGCGCCGCCUUCUUGGGGUCUUCUGAGUUGAUGAAGGGCCUUGCCGAGAACAUUGGCCAAGAUAGUCUGCAGAACCACGUCAUGGCAGAAAUGGAAGGCCGCCUCACUUUGGCUUUGAGGACCAUUAAGCCAACCGACGUCCAAGCUGUUGUCAAUGGUCUUGAGGAGCCCUCCAAUCUUCAAGAGUGCGCUGAUCUGUGCAAAGCGGUCAUGGACGUCGGUCAGAAACAUGGCUCUGACUUUUUGGCUUCUGGCCUUGGCAAAGCUUGCACGAUUGCCUUUGGCAUAGUUAGUUCUGCAGAUAUUGAAGUAACCAAUGACGCCCUCAAAGAGAUUCAGUCAUUCAGGGAGGGCGACGCAAAGGAUGAAAAGCCAGGAGCUAUUAUGGUUUAUUUCCUGGAGCACACAGUUGGUAAAUCCUUAGUGGAUUUGGCCACUGGCCGGGUUGGAGCUGGGGAGACCGAAGCAGUUGCCACUGAACAUCUCAAGACCUUGCAAGGAGAAGUGUCCAAAUUGCAAUCAGUGUGCUACGCAGGCUCAGUUGCCGGUGUCCAACUCAUUUCUGCCGAUUUGGAACCAGUAGACAAGCUUAUUGGUGAUUGCCAGAAAAGCAUCGCAUGUCUGAAGAGCGGCAAGGACACCAAAGGCAAGAAUGCAAAACAUGAGAAGGCAGACGCAGCAGAGAGCAAACAACGACAUCGAGCGCAUGAUCGCCUGGUGGAAGCUUUGAAUGAAUACAAGGCCUCUUUCGCAGAGCGGGCGCGGGAACUUUUGCUGCAGGAGUUGAAAGCAAACCUUUCUGAGCAGUUGCUCCUUGGCGUCAUCUCUGCAAUGCUUUGGACAGUGACUGCAUGGUCACAGAAGAAGGUGCUGCAGGAUUACGAAAGCUUGUCAGUUCAGUUGUGUUCCAUGGCCAAGUUUGUCUUUUUCCAAAGCCCGAAGUUCAAGGGAAAUGCAAAGCAGCAAGUGGAUGUUAGCGCUACGGAUCUGAAAAGCUGGGUGGAAAAGCUUCCAGAAAAGUUGCUUGAAUGGGUUGGCGCUGAUUUGACCACCUCUAUGAGAGUCACAUUCUUGUCUGUUUGUGAGGAACACCAGCGCUCAUUGUUUUCAGCAGGAUUAGAUGCCGUCGCUGACGUGGUUAAGAAAUGCGUUGGUGGACCGCUGCCUGCGUGUGAUAAUCUCCUGCAGCAGCAGCUGCUGAUGAAAAUUCCGAAAGCGCAUAGCCUCAAGCCUGUCGUCACAGCGUUUCUCAAGGUUGUGGGCCAUGAAGGAGGCACCGAUGACAAGCACAAGGAGGUGGUGGACCUGCAUUCAACAGGCAAUCUUCUUUGUGAUGCUUUCGGUUUGCAACCGAAUGAGGCGGAUUUUGAGAAGAGCUGCUUGAAGGAUGCGGUUCCUUGGCUGGAGGGUGUUGCUAAAAAGCUUGCAAGAUAUUUUCUUCAGAAGUUCGAAGACGCGACCGCCAAGUUGAACGCCGGUGUGAAGAAGGUGAUUGCAAUCAAGAUGCCGAGCUUGGACAUGGAGGACGAGUACCGGAAGCAGGGCGUGAGAGUUGUGGGUACCCUUGCUCAGCUCACGGCUGCGGUAGAGGACGACAUCAAGACUUUAAGGGAUGUGCGACAAGCCCUGUCCAACCUGAAAGGCGUCAAGUUCGCUCCGCAAGGGAAACCUCCAGCUGUGGAAGAGAUAUGCGCUUUCCAAGCAAGGUUUCAGGAUCCUUUUGCUCCGGCAACUUACGAGCUUGAUGCUGGCAAGCAUGCAAAAGAAGCAUCCUUCCAUGUGGCCGCAGUGGCUGCGUUGUGCUUGCUUCGGAGUGACGGCAUGAAAAAGGCAGACAGUAAGACUACCAAGCAGGUCGCAGAUGUUGCUGUUACUUUGCGGGGCAAACUGGAGCUCGUGGCAGAAGAUUCUGCGGAUCUCAAGACAGCCGGCAAGCGAUUGCUCGAGGAGUGUGAGACGUACGGAAAAGUCUCGCCAAGGGCAGCGAAAGCCAAGGCGGCGACAGAGACUAGCCACAGCUCGGCAUCCAAGAAGUCGCGAGUCGCUGAGGCACAGGAUGCCGGCAAGAACGUCAACAAGGAGGAAGCGUCCAAGAAUGCGACAGACACUCAGAGCACACCGCCGCCAGAGAAGGCAGCUGCAAUGGAUUCUAUCCCAGUUGCAGAAGAAGGCGCUGAGAACCCGGAGAAGAAGCCGGAGGAGACAAAAGAAAGCAACAUAGAAAAGGACAAAAAGGAGAAGGAAGAGAAAAAGGAGAAAAAGGAGAAACAGGAAAAAAAGGAGAAGAAGGACAAGAAGGACAAAAAGGAAAAGAAAGAAAAGAAGGAAAAGAAAGAAAAGAAAGAAAAGAAAGCAAAACGCGACAAGAAAGACAAAAAGGAAGGAGACAAGAGUGGCAAAAGGAAAGGGAACAAGGAAGAGAGCCUCCAAGCAGGAAAGGCAAAGACGGCAAACAAGAAGGGAAAACCGCUGGCGGUCAGCCCCAAGAAGAAGCCUUUCGCAGCGCGGCAGGCUCAGAAGAUGAGCCCUUCGAGCAAGGCAGAUGAAGGGCGUGGCCGUGGGCGUGGGAAGGGCCGCGGCCGAGGCCGAAGUCGAGCGACAGGCCAAGCAGAGGCAUUCAAUGUUGUUGAAGGCACGCUGCUGCCAACUCUGGCCAGGGAGAACCUGCAAGGCUUCAAAGCCGUGUUGCCGCGAAAUCAUCCGUUGGCCCUAGGCUUUGUUGGUGGAGAGCAAACCCGAGCAAUGGAUGAUUUGGAGUUGACCUGGGGGUCUUGUUGCUCUGGCAGCGAGGGCGUCCACUAUGUAGUGGAAGCAUGUGCCCAGGCCAUGGAAGAGACAGGUUUGCCAGUCACUUUCCAGCACGCGUUCUCAUGUGAAAGCAACAAGGCCAAACGAUCCUGGAUUGCUGAUGUCUUGUGCAAGGGACAAGUGUUCAACUCUGACAUGCACGAAACCUUUGCUACUCAUGCAGAAGUUGGCUGCAUCUUUGAAGAUAUCAAGGAUAUGGGCAGUGAAAUGAGCAAGUGCAGCCUACAUGGAAAGGAGUGCCCAGUUCCUUCGGUUGAUUGCUUGUUUAUAGGAACGAGCUGCAAGGACUUGUCCAGAGCCAACAGCUCCGUAGACAAAAGCAAACUGGUUUUGUCGCAGGAAAGCAGCAGAGGAGCCUCUGCGCAAACCUUUCGAGGCAUGCUCAGUUAUUGCCAGGGUCACAGACCGACGUUGGUUUUGUUUGAAAACGUGGACGCAAUAGAUGACAAAGUUUCCAGCAACACUGAAACAAACCUUUCACUGCUCAUGAACGCCAUGAAGGAACUGGGCUAUGAGGGCCAAAAGAUCAUGACUGAUGGCCAGGAAUUUGGGCUUCCUUGCCGACGUCGAAGGCUCUAUGUGAUGUUCAUCGACAAAGAAAGCAGCAAGGUAGACACACAAACCAAAACCUUGAGCCAGAUCUUUUCAACUUUGCGGACUUUGGUGACUUCUUGCAUGCGGUCGCCGCCUUGUUCCAAGGAGUGCUUGCUGAGCCCGUCAGAACCAGAUCACUUGGAACUCUUGGAGAAAGCUUUGGGGGAGCACCAGAAAAGCGCGCAAAAGGCUGCCGAGAAGAAAGCACCUCCACAAACAUGGCUUGACAGACACAUGGCCUAUGCAGAUGAUUUGGGUUAUCGGUGGGGGUCUGCCGUGGAUGAGGAGCUGGCAGGCAAUAAAUGGUACCAAACUUUGUCCAAGCGGGAGGCAGAUGCCUUGGUUUUGUCUAGGGUUGCCGAUCCAACGUGUGAAUUCCGCAAUGUGAGCCAGAGCGUGGGCCGUAUCAACUCAGUUAGCCAGAUUGACAACAAAGGAAAAGAGGUCGCGCCGACCAUGUUGCCUGGACAAUUGAUGUGGGUUGAGUCCCAACAGCGCAUACUCACAGGCUACGAGGCGUUGAUCUACCAAGGUUUCCCUAUCUUAUUAUAUCUGGCAAAGGCUCGAAGUUUGCCACCCGCUUGCAAUUCGCAAAGCUUUCUGACUGACAUCGCGGGCAAUGCGAUGGCAUUUCCUGUGGUUCUGGCCAUCUUCCAAGCCACGUUGGCCUCUGUGCCCUGGUUGCCUGCGCAUGACAGUGAAGAUGAGGAUGAUAAUGAUGAGAAUCAGGAGGAAGACGUCUCACCCCAAGAUUUGCGGCCGCUAUACAAGAAAAAGUUGGGAACUUGCUUGCGGGUGGCCCUGUGUGAUGUUGGGGACUGGAAAGAAGUUGGGUGGAUGGUUGAAAGUUUUUUGUUUUUUCAAGGCUGGGUUUUUGACGUGUGA